AUGUCUAGAAGAAGUCAGCCCCGGCACCAGGCUCAAAAAUCAUUACCUAUCUGCACAUGUACAUAUCCAAAAACCAGUCAAUGAUUAGAAGGCCACUGCAGCCUCUGUCUUAAAAAAUUAAUCAGUUUUUCGACCCCAGAAAGCGAAUCUCAAUCCAGAACCCCUUCUCCUCACUUCAAAGACCUGUCUAUCCCUAUAGAUGAAGAGCUCCAAAGUAUCGUAAAAUUUAAUACACCGACCUCGGACAAUUUUUUCAGUUCAAAAUCCCACCAUAAGCGAUCUCACACAUCAAAAAACAAAGAAAAAGACGCAAAACCGAGCUAUCCACAAAGCCUUUAUGAUAUUAAAAAUUCAAAAUCGUCAAGCGUUUUAAUUCCAGAAAAAAAGCCGUUGCAUUAUCGUCCUGAUUCAAUUAAAGCAAGCUUAGAAAAUCUUUUGAAAAAUCAAAGGUCAAAGUCAAUAUUCUUGAUUAUCUUGAAUUUUAUAUAAAAUUGAUAGCGGGCUAGUCUUUUUUACUAAUUAUUAUAGAAAAUUUAUUAUACAAAAACAAUUAAUAAAGUAUAUAUGAGUUAAGCCAGCGUGAAGACCAAUAUUCGAAUUAUUAUACGUAUGCCACAAAUUCAGAUAACCAUAAAAGACCAAAACAUCAUGAAAAAGUGUAUAAAAUUUCACCUAAAAGGUCGCCAGUUCCAGAGCUAAGAAUUCCUUUUCAACUCUCAUAUCAAAGUGCAGUUGAUGAGUAUUUUAGUAAAGUUUCAAGCGCAAGAAAAGGAAAAUUAGUAUAAUAUAGAAAAUUAAUUUAUAUUAAAAUUUUGCUAUUUUAUUUAUUAUUUUAGCUGAAAUUUAAUUUAAUCAAUAUCGAUAUAUAUUUAUUUGCCUUGAAUUUAUGCAAACAUAUCAAAAAUCAGAUCUUUUAUAGCAUUAAAAAUAGAAAUUGCCUUUAUUUACCAUCAUUUAUAUAAUAAUUACCAGUAUAGAUUUCUCAAGCAAAGAUUUUUCCCUUGAAAUUUUAUUUCUCGGCCACAAAAACAGUGUGAAUUCUAUCGCAUUAGGAAAAAACAAACUAUGAAGCGCGGGACAAGACUACUUAAUUUCUAGCUGAAACUUACCUGACAAAACUAUAUCUGAUCCUUAUGCAAAUAUUUUACACAGCUGACGAGUCGGGUCCACUGUUUCCCCUUUAACUAACGAUGACCCCCCCUCAAUCUUCAUGUCUACUGCAACAAAAAUUUUUCGAAAAAAUCUUCAUGCCUACUGCAACACAACAUUUUUAUAAAAAAAAAAUUUAUGCAUUUUUCUCUAGGUGAGUUUCUCAAAAAAUCCAUAAAACAGCGCUGCUGUAGGCAUGCCAAUGACCUUCUCACCGAGAUUUGGACGGCUAUUGUCAUCGCUCGCCAUUUUAUUAAACUUAUCUAGCUAAAAAGUACGGGAAAGUUAAGAUGCGCAUCGAAAAUUUGUUGCAAGAGGGUUAGGAUUAGGAUUAUUGCAGAUAGGCGCUAGCCAUAUUGGUGACGCAGUCACCAAGACCUCACGUAUGGAAGGCUCAUCCGCUUUUCGACUCCAGCCCAGAGGGUCUAUCCCUCUUACAAGUGCCCUUCCGUUACCUUCUGUCUCCUCCUUUCCUUGCGGCUUCAGUCUUGAGUGGGAGGCUUAUGGAUUUCUGCGGCCCUGCUACGGGCGGUUGGAGUAGCUUGAUUCAAAGGAUCAGCUCCUUGGAGUCUAUCGGGUGUCAAAGUGCCUUCCUUCGACAGCUACAGGAAAAAGAUGCUCCCCUAUGGCGUGGGCCGAAACACCCAGUUUCUCUUUAGAGGAAUGCCCAUGGGUCCUCGGAUCCAAAGGACGUUGUUGAGAAUCUCCAUUUCCAACCACAGGAAAGCAGCAAAAACCUACCCGGAUACACACUUCUUGAGCCUGAGUCUGAUUCUCGGCUCGGAGUCGGUCCCAGCCUGCCGUAGCCAUAAGGGUCUGGACUGCUGCACCAAGAGGGCAGGUUGACACGUGUCGCCAUUUUAAUGUAUAUAAUUUGUUGCAAGAGACAUGAAAAUUAUUAUUUUUUUAUAUAAAAUUUUAUAUUAAAAAAUUGCAUUUUUGUUGCAAUAGACAUGAAGAGAUUGAGGGGGGGUCAUCGUUACAACUAAGGCUCACACGAGGAAAAUUAACUGUUUAGAAAUAAUUGGGAAUUCAUUUUUAAUUUCAGGUGGCAGUGACCAAAAAAUCAAAAUCUGGAACAUUGAAAGAGGGAUUUCUUUGGCUUCCUCUAUUAAAGCACAUGAUGGGAAUGUUAUUUGUCUUGCGGUUCCUUCUGCGAGGACUUUAUUAUCAGGUGGAAGUGAUGGGUAUAUAAAAGUGUGGGAUUUUGAAAAUCGAAAAUUAGCAAAAUGUUAUGAAGCGCAUGAUAAAAAUUUAACCUGCAUGUGUCUUCAUGAUUCUUCUACUUUUAUCACAGGCUCAAACGACACAACUUUAAAACUAUGAGACUUGAGAGCUUCAAGAUGCCUAUCAACUUUCACAGAGCACGAUGGAGAAAUUAAUUGUAUUAAAUUGAUUGAUAAACAUUCGUUUUUAACAGCUGCAGAAGAUAGGACUAUCAAGAAAUGGGAUAUAAGGACUUGUGGAGUGCUUGAAAAUUUAAAAGUUGACAGUGAAAUAAAAAGCAUCGAAAUAAUUAAAGGAAAAUUAGUAACUGGCGGCAAUGGCAUCAUUGUCUGGGACAAUGGAAAACAAAAUAUUACACAGUUUCAUAAUCAAGGUGUAAAACAAAUUAAAUAUGAUGAAUACAAUGACUGCUUAUUCAGUGCCAGCAGAGAUGGGAGCAUCGCAUGCAUGAAAGUUCUGUUUGGUGAAGAAUAUUAA